AAAGCUUCUCUUGAAAUCAGACUGUAGAAGCAUCGUUAUCUCAAAAUGCCCCAUGAUGGGUUGAGAAUUACUGAGCUGUUGCAGAGUGUGAUUAAGAUGCAUGAGUUUUCAAGAAUGAAAACAGAAAAGCGUGUUCCCAGGAAGUGCACAAAGGAUGCAACACCUAUCUUCUAAAGAGCCCACUUGGCCCGGUAAUUUUUGCUCUUGAGAUAACCAGCCCUUGUUCCCUUGUGGGGCUGAGCCUACAGGUCAGAAAAAAUGGAAAUCUUGAGAUUGGCCCAAUCAAAGAAGAACAUUAUCAGCUUGAACAUGGACCUUGAAAGGGAUAUGCAGAGAAUAGAUGAAGCCAACCAAGAGCUUCUUCUCAAAAUACAAGAAAAAGAAAAUGAGAUCCAGAGGAUGGAAAAUGAGAUCACCCAGACUGGAGAUCCUGCAGAAGAUGAGGAGUGGGAAAAGGAAAACUGCACUGCGAUGGAGAGGGAGAGAGCGCUGCAGGAGCUGGAGGAAAAAACAGCCAGACUUGAGAGGAAGAAUGAGGCUCUGCUCCAUAGCAUCUCAGAACUUCAGAGAAAGCUUACAAGAAAAUCACAAAAGACAGUCAGAUAUGAACAAGGUGAUCUGGAAAUAUCCCCCGAAAAGUCCAAGAUAAUGGAAGACUAUAUGUUUGUGUCUCAGCUCUGUGAAGAUCAAGCUCUCUGCAUAAAGAAGUACCAGGAAGCUUUGAAGAGAAUACAAGAAGAACUGGAGACUGGAUUCCUUGAAAAAGAAGUAUCAAAAGUCUUAAGCAUGGAUUCUGAGAGAGGAAAGAAUAACAGCCUAAAUAUUAAGUGUGAUCCCAUCACAAAAAAUGCACUGAGUUCCACUAAAAGGAUGUUCCGCUCCCUCUUGUUCACCAUGCUGUUUUUCAUCAGACUGCUAGGAUACCUAAUCUUCCAUCUCAGCUUUAUCAAUCCCGACCUCCUCGUCAACGCACUGCCCAAGAUACUGAGCAGAGACGUCUUAUGGAGGCUGCGAUGCUUCCUCUUUCCAUCUCUCACACUUGAGACAGACGAUAUGUUACCCCAUUGAGUCACAACCAGUGUCCGUGGGCAGCAGAAGGCAAGAUGGACACAGUGUGGCUUACAGAUGGGAGGCGGCAAACUCUUCAGGGGGAAGGGAUAUCCCUCAGGGUUCCCCUUGAGGGUGGCCUAACUGGUGACCUUCUGUCUCCGUGUCACUUUUUCAAGAUUAACCUUGCCCAGUAAAGAACUCUGUCAAUAAGUCUCUGCAUGCAUGGGUACAAUGAAUGGUACAUAGUGGAACAAACCUGGCUGAUGAUUUUAGAAUGCUAUAGGUGCUUUGUAAGAUUAGAACUAACCGGUGAGCUCCAUGAAUCUCCAAAAUCUAAUGACCAAGAUCCCUGAAAUGGAGAAGAGCCCCCAUUUCUUACAGUAGAACUUAUAAGAGACUCUAAAGUAGUGUCAACUAACCUGGUGUGUGUGUAGCCAUUAACAGGCUUGGCUGUAGAGCCACACACCUGUCACAUCAGACACUUAGGAGACUAAGACAGAUCAUGAAUUAAAACUCUUUAGAGGCAGUAUAGGAAUAUCCUCUCUCAAUAACAAUAAUAAUAAUAAUAAUUAUUAUUAUCAUAACCCAAAAUCUAUGAAUAUAAGGCAAGACUUGAAAGAAGCCUCAAAAUGCCAUCAGGGUUUCAUUUUCUUUUCUUCCUUCUUGGUCGUUCCCUUUUUGGUUCAGUAUGACUGUCACCACCCUAAAUUCUGUUCUACCCAAUAAGCAACCUCAGCAGAAUGAAACAGUCUUUGCCAACAGCUCUAAUAGCAGAGCCCAGGGGACACAAGCUGGCCAGUCUGGAGGUAAAUCAUUUAACCCCUGUCUUAACAAUCAUGGUGGCCAACAGGACAGACUUUCUGAUUGAUUAAGCCUGAGGCAACCUUCUAAUGCGUUGUUAGGGGAAUGGGAGAGGUAAACAGGAGAAACAGGGAAAUUGGUGCAAUGGGCAAGAUUAUCUUGCUGUGGAAGAAUGAGGACCUGAGUUCAAAUUCCCAGCCCCCAUGUAAAAAAAAAAAAAAAAAAAAAAAAAAGGAAAAAAGAAAAGUCAGCCAUGCCAGUAAGACCAAUGCUGAAGAAUAAAGACAGGCAAAUCCUCACUGGCCAAAAAUAGCAGGCUUCAAUUCAGUGAGACCCUACCUGAAGAAGAUUAACAAAGCAGGAUCUGGGAUUCCCUUCUCUGUCCUGCACCAGAGCCUGUGUGCGCGCAUACACCCAGAGACGCACAGGAAAGAAAUAGUGGACCAGCUCAGCUAGAUUGUCUACAGUGUGUUUCCCACAGAAAAAGAGUCUGUGUUUCCAGAAAUGGGGAGAGGAAUGCUUGACAAGCAGGAGCAGACAUUAAACAUUCUACCCGGCUAAAGCUGGAGCCCCGUCUGUCUUCCCACAGCAAAAUUUAUAAGACCUCAAGAUUGUAGACUGAGAUACCAAAAAUUCCUACAGACACGUCAGGAUAAGACGCGCGUCGUUAAUCAGGUCUCUAGAACCAAGACAAGCAAAGACAAGGACUCUAAAGGGCACACAACUGCUAUAAACCACUCUUGAAGAUGCGGGCAGUCCACAUAUGGCCGCAGCCCAUAUGUUUCCAAAACUGCCAAAGCACAUACGCGCCUUACUACAGAAUAUGGUCAGAUUCCGUCCUGAAGUGCUCCCUCCUUCCUACCGCCAGGACCCCUUGGCGGCUCUGACAUUUAAGGCAAGAAGAGCACACCGCUGGCCAGGAGCAUGAGGUAGUUCCGUCUCCUGCUAUUGCUUCUUGAGACCACGUGGUGUCGCUGUUGAAAAAGUGAGCCCACGCAAGGCGCAGGGAUCCUUUAGAAAGCAAAUGAAGAUGCAGUGGAUAGCAGAAAGGGGUGCUAUUGACAUAGGAGCCAAGGAGAGAAAUCAGACAGGUUUGUUCUGGACAUCUGAGAGGUAACUCAAGACCUCGUUCACUUGAGCGCUCUGCAAAGGCGCUGUGAGUCCGCCCUUCAGUGUCGUGCACAGACGAGGAAGCAGCCUGCUCAGGGUCUCGGCUCUGAUCUCAAGGCGCACCCCUCCUGCUGUUCCAAUCAUUAGCGCCAAGGUUAAGUCUUUACCAUUAAAACGGAUUCUAACUUCGGUUAUCAGGAAAACGUUUGGUGACCGAAGCCAGGCUGUUCUCUGGAGAAAGCCGACCUCUCCUGUGGUCAGGAUUCUUUCCUCUUAGGGUCCUUGGAACCCAAAGGGUCCAGAAAAAUCGCCUAAGUGAGGCUCCAAGGCAUACAUCUUUCCUGCCGUCGCUUUCUGCACUCUUAAAUGCCGACCCCUAGAGAAAAUUCAUUUAAUAAAAGCAGUU